AUGGAAGGGUCUCCAGUGAGAGUAUGUGCUCACCAUAAGCUUUUGAUAUUAACUUUAGCAAUAACAUUGUGGUCUUGGUUCUCGGGAAUAUCACGUUCGGGUGAAGAUAUCCUUGGUGACAGUUUAAGGUCAUACAAAAUUUGUGUGAGUAACAAUAUUUCGGAGAAACAAUGUCUAGAUUACUUCAAAAUUCAUACUCUUGAAAGGGCAGCGGGCAAGUUUUCCAAGAAUAAGCUUACAGAUAUUCAUACUUGUUAUGCAAAGCAGGAAGAAAGGCUGUCUGCAGCGCAAUUGACCACCGUAAGUCAGAGUAUGCAAUAUUUUGAAGAGUGUUUUCUGGGUGAUGUAUUGACACAAGAAAGUAAAACCUUCAGAGUAUGGCCGUACAUUAUAAUUCUGGGUGGAUCAAUAUUAGGGUGGGGAUUAAUUAAGAUGAAAUUGCUUGAAAACGAAUUUCAACAAGAGAAGAACAAAAUAGAGGAUCUGAAAGAGCAAAUCAAUAAAUUGACAGAGGAGACGACUUCAAAACAGAAAAUGAUGACAGAGCAGCUAAAUAGAACCAAUCAAAAGGUAUUUGAAUUGGAAUAUGAUAAUGAAAUUUGGGAGAAAAUCCAUGAAAUGGAACAAGUUCAAACAAGGGUGCAAUUGCUGUUAGAGCAAACAAAAAAAGAGUUGAAGUAUGAAACAUCAAGGAUUAACAAUAAUUUAAGCUCUUUAACAACGGUAAGUUCGAAGGACACCAAGUCACCCUUUGUCAUUCAAGAGAAAGAAAAGGGAUUGUUAUUCGACAUGACCACAAAGAAGGGGUUAGAUAGAUGGAGGGAUUACGUUAGUAAAAGUGAUCAGAAAGAAAAAAUAGAAAUAAAAGCACCACAACUCACUCCAUUGUCAUUCUCGCCAAUUUCUCCAGAUUUGAGUAAGGUUAAUCUUUUUGACAAAAAUGGAAAACCUUUCAGAAGGGUAUUCUUACCUGGAACAGGUUGGGUAGCAAGAGACACAUGCAUUCAAAUCAUGAAAGGUGCCAGUAGCCCAAAGACCGGUGAAAAUACAAAUUCUAUCACGUAUUAA